AUGUUUACUGCUACAUCUCCCUUGCUACAAUUCAAUCGCUUUGAUAUGCUAGAUCCUAAUGAGCUUAACAAUGCAACAAACAAUCCAAACCCCGUCUAUGCAGUUGAUGAAUCUACCAAUGAAACAUCUUCACAAGGGUUCUCUCUAAAUUCUGUUGCUGCCAACUACUUGCUUGACGAGGAUAACACUGAAUUGUUCAAUCAAGACUUGACUCCACCGGGGUAUGUCACAACUACAAACACCGUCAACGAUGAGCCAGCAAAUACCAACAAUUUCUACACGCAGUCUGUAAAUGUCAAUUUGAGCGCAGUAACGCCACUGACGAGGACUUACAAUGACUCAGGUUCAUUUGUGCCAGGCAACAACAGCAACAACAAUCAACUACAAGCUACUAGCCAACCUAUUGAUAACUUCUCAUAUCAGCCAUCCUCACAAUACCACUAUCCAUUGGCCUCGUCUGUUUCUUCAUCGAUUCAAUCAUUUACACAACAAUUGGAUGCUGGCCAUUCUUCUGUCUACGACUUCAACUAUCCUACAAACACGUCGAACUUAGACACUCAAUACCCACAACAAGGCCAAUUAACAACUUCGAUGUUUAAUCAACCACCACAAUUACCCAUUGCAUCUUCUUCUCCACCACUGUUUGCCCCAAAUAACACUACAAUACAAUCACAAUCAGUUUACUUUGAUUCGUUCGGCAACCAAUCACUUGGUAAUCAACCGCCCUUGUCCGCCAUCUCAAGUACAUCAUUUGAUCAACUUCUGUAUACUAGUUCCCCAGGUUCCGUAACAACAACUCGUCAGCAAGUGCCGGAAAAGCAGUCAAGCAAAAUAUCACCUACACAAAGACAACGCCGUACGCCACCGGCGAAAAAGGAAAAUAGAUCUCCAGUGCUCACUACUUCAAUCGUGCAACAUCCUUCACUGGACAAACAGAGGUAUCGUAUAUUACGUGGAGUCUCUGCUGGUGGUAGUAGCACCAGACCACCAAAAGAGGCGCUCAAUAGCGAUUCAAUCUUUUUACCGGUCGAAUUAAACUUGAUUGGUGCUUCAGUUGAAGACAUAUGUUGUCCCAAAUGGUCGGUCCUGGAGAAACAGGAUCGUCGUCGAAUUAUUCGAAUUGAAAGAAUUCAAGACGGACAGCAAUUGAUCCUUAAUUUCACCAUUGUGGGCAGUGCUGAUGAGAACCCAGUAACGUUACCAGCGCCUCCCAAUGUCGACGUUGUUGAAGUGUCGUGUUUAGAGUGUGAUGUUCGAUCCAAUGAUGACUACGAAUCGCAAUCAUCUGAUGAUGAGACUGGCAAUGCCAAGACGCCUGGAUCUAAAAGCACGCGAUUUAUCAAUAAUGAUCCAGAGACGGGGAACAAAUUCCAGUACUACAUUACAUCAGUUGAAGUAAUUGAAAUUGUUGAAUUGUUGAUUGGCUCCGCCUUUGCUGAUGCUGGUGAGCGAAGGAGAGAACGUGGUAGAGUCAGAUCAAACUUGGUUCCAUUUUGGUCUAAGAAAUCAAUAAGUUCGCGAAUGAGUGAAUCGUCCUCGGUAUCCUCGGGUGCAUCCAUGGGUUCUAGCUCAGUUUCAUCAACAAGGCAUAGCAGCGUGUCGUAUAACAAUGCCAUUAGUACAGGCAACAGUGCUGCCAAUAGUGCUGCAGCUGCCGCCGCUGCCGCUGCUACAUACACAUAUCCCCAUCUCGACGACGAUAUGAAUUCACAACCGAGUAACCAAGACUACCGUUCAGAACUAGCGAAAAGAAUAAUGGCCUACGAUAUCCGUAAACCUAGGGGUUUUGACAAAGAAGUAAGGAUAUUGCGAUGGGAUAAAUUGAUACCGGCACUUAAACGUGCAUCGCAUAGUUAUUACACGGAGAUACCUAAGGGUGAUGCAUUGCAUGCCCUGUUUUCAAACUUUGAUGUUUGA